AUGAUCAAUACAUAUUUAAAUUAUUUCUAUGAAUUAUCUCGAGCAUUGAUUCCUUCUUGGGCAUUUGAUAGAAAAUUUGAAUUAGGAAAAAAUGUUGAGCGAUUUCCUGAACAAAGUUUUGGCUUGUUACUUGGUGUAAUGGGUGUUUCUGUUUCACUUACAGAAGAAAUUCAGAGGAUUGCUUCCCGAUGGAAAAUUUAA